AUGAGUGCAGCUGAUCCAUCAUUGUUUACAUAUCACAAAGACAAAAUCAGGUUAUACAUGGUGAUCUACGUAGAUGACAUUCUAUUAACAGGGAACUCCAAAGCAGAGAUUGCAAGGCUAUUGGAAAAUUUACAUCACAGAUUUGAAUUGAGAGACCUAGGGUCAUUAAAUCAUUUUCUCAGAAUACAAGCAACAAACACAAAGCAUGGAAUUUUACUGCAUCUAAAACAAUAUGCUCAACAGAUAUUGCUUCGUGCAGGAAUGCAAGAGACAAAACCUGUUACAACACCAGUAUCAACCAAAGUUACUCUCAAUACUCACUCUCAGGAACCGUAUACCAAUACUCAGUUGUACAGACAGCUGAUCGGAGCUCUACAGUACCUGACAUUAACAAGACUGGAUAUACAAUUUGCACGAAAUCAAUUAUCCCAAUUCAUGCAUAAUCCACUCAAUGUUCAUUUUGAAACAUUGAAAAGACUAUUACGGUAUAUCAAAGGCACAAUAGAUAAAGGUAUUUCUCUAUAUCGAGACUCACUCAUUUUAAGUGGAUAUGUUGAUUCUGAUUGGGCCACAAAUUCACAUGAUAGAAAGUCUAUCACUGGUUAUUGUUACUUCAUGGGUAAAUCAAUCAUCUCUUGGCAAGUUAAAAAGCAAACAAGUGUAGCUAGAUCAUCCACCGAAGCAGAAUACCGUGCAUUAGCAACAGCAGCAACUAAAAUGAUUUGGUUAAGAAGAUUACUUGAAGACUUUCAUAUUCCACAAAAAGAACCUACAUUAGUCUAUUGUGAUAAUACGUCUACUAUUGCCUUAGCCAAUAACCCUGUAUUUCAUGCUCGGACGAAACAUAUAGACGUGGAUUCUCAUUUCUUUCGUGACUGUAUUCAGAACAAUAAGCUCACAGUUCAUCAUAUGUGUACAAACGAUCAGAUUGCUGACAUAUUCACAAAACCAUUAUCUAUACUACGGUUUAGAACUUUGGCAAGCAAACUGAUCAUUGACAUUCCAAGCUCAGUUUGA